AGGGCGGCGGGACGGUGGCCGCGAAGGCGCCGGAGAGGCGGACGGUGGCCGGCGAGGUUCGGCAUGGAGCACCUGGAGCGCUGCGCGUGGUUCCUCCGCGGGACGCUGGUGAGGGCGGCCGUGCGGCGGUACCUGCCCUGGGCGCUGGUCACCUCCAUGCUGGCGGGCUCCCUCCUCAAGGAGCUGUCCCCGCUGCCCGAGAGCUACCUCAGCAACAAGCGCAACGUCCUCAACGUGUACUUUGUCAAACUGGCCUGGGCCUGGACGUUCUGUCUCCUCCUGCCUUUCAUUGCCCUCACCAACUACCACCUGACAGGCAAGGCUGGCCUGGUCCUGCGGCGGCUCAGCACCCUGCUGGUGGGCACGGCCAUCUGGUAUGCCUGCACGGCCCUCUUUUCCAACAUCGAGCACUACACAGGCAACUGCUACCACUCGCCCGCCUUGGACAGGGUCCGGGAGGAGCACCAGAGCAAACAGCAGUGUCACCGGGAAGGGGGCUUCUGGCAUGGCUUCGACAUCUCGGGCCAUGCCUUCCUGCUGACCUUCUGUGCCCUCAUGAUCGUGGAGGAGAUGGCUGUGCUGCAUGAGGUGAAGACGGACCGGAGCCACUACCUCCACACCGCCAUCACCACGCUGGUCAUCGCCCUGGGCUUCCUCACCUUCAUCUGGGUGUGGAUGUUUCUGUGCACAGCCGUGUAUUUCCAUGACUUUUCUCAGAAAGUAUUUGGCACCUUGUUUGGGUUGCUGGGCUGGUAUGGGACCUAUGGGUGUUGGUACCUGAAAUCCUUUUCCCCAGGACUUCCUCCCCAGAGCUGUAGUUUGACUUUGAAGCAAGACAGUUAUAAGAAGUAAAAGAGAAACAGAACUGGGGUGGGGUGGAGUGGGGGGAGUCAAUGGCUAAUAUAUAUAUAUUUCCAUGUAUUUUGUUUAGAUACUGGUUAAAUUAUUUAUUCCAUUUCAGAGAGGAAGCUUCACAGGCAGUUUUGGGGGUGAUGUGGAGUCUGGGGAGUUUUAGUCUUCGGGCUCUCCUUAGUGACAUUACCUGUGUCACAGACGCCACCAUUUCUGUCAGGCACUUUUCAUCCCUGGCAGGACUUGACCUUAGCCUGGCACACUCUUUUGCCCCUAGACAGGGAAACACAAGGCUCGGCGAUAGAAGAGAAUCAGGAAAGUGUCAUGUGGCUCGAGGGGACAGGCCAGAGCCUCAGACCCCGCCGCUACCAUUUGCCUGAUUCUCAUUCUCUUGAUUUUAUUGACUGUUAGUGCUGCUCAUUUGAACAGUAUUUUUCUGGUCAAUAUUGCAUAUGCACUUAUUUCUGGCAGGGUUCUGUAUAAAACACCCAAUGCCCGAGAGACACUCAGAUUGUAAUACAGUAUCUGUUUCCUCCGUGGAAUGUUGAAUAUUUGUAUCUGGCUGCGAUCAGCCAUUAGACUGCAGUGCCUGGAUGAUUUCUAUGUAACGAACAAUGACAUUUUUCUGCCCACACUAUUGUUGUACGAUCGUUUUGGGGGCAAUAAGGUUACCUUUAUUACUAUCUUUUCCUCUUCUACUUCCAGUGAAUGCUUUAUACGUUUUUAACAGCUACAGCAUUUGCUCCUUGUUGAUAAGCUGAGAACCCCUCACAGCUCCAGGGUUGCCCUUUGGCACACAUUGACUGUUUUCUGGGGUUAAUUUUAGAACACUAAUUUGCGCUAUAUAAACCAAACUCUUGGCUUAGAGGAUUAAGUUCCAUCUCUUGUUAAGAAUAAAACUGGAAAGCAGAUAUUUUAAUCAUUUGACAUAUUUUACAGUGUGUGUUUGUACUGCAGCUCUUCCUGAACACACGUCGGGGCUGUAGACUGAACACAGCCAACUUUCUUCUGUAAGCAAUGAGUGGUACUGGGCCAUGUGGCCCAAGGCCUUUCACCUUUGGACAAGAUUUGGAUCAUUGGGAAGUGAAGACAGAUGUGCCUCUGUGAUACAAGAAGCCAGCCUGUGGGCAAAGACAUCUUGAUUAAACAGUGGCAUGAUUUUGGUCCCACCUACUCCCAUUCACACUACCCACAGAAGCGCACAGGGCUGGCCCUGCUCGCUGGUCCCACCCGCUGGUCUUGCAGUCCGUCUACCUCUUCUUCCCUCCUUGAAGCACUCCUCAGUUUCACUUUGUUCUGUGCCUUCACUGAGAAGGCUGAGGAGGGUUAGAAGUCCUGUCACCUCCGUCCCACAAGGCACAGUUCCACUCGAGGAUAAAAAGUUCCCUUUUUUCUCCCAGACUGUCUGUUAGGCCUUUGAGCCUGAGUCCUGGGCUUCUUGGAUAGUCACCUAAGCUGUUCUGAUGCCUCUCCCCCAGUGGAUAAUAGUAUUUAACCGAUAAGCAAUACACUCGAUUCAAGCUUAGCUUGUGAGGAGCUUCACAACUCUGAAGAGCAUUUUUUUUUUAUGUGAAGGUAUUUGAAGUAUGUAUUUCACAUCCCAAUGAGCUGCAGUCCACUUCACUGAUUAAAACAUGAGGUGGGAGAUGUCUCCAAGAAGGGAGAAAUACAGGCAAUGAUGUCAUGGUGGGAGAUGUCAUGGUGCUUUGGAAAGAAGGGACGGGUCAGUAGAGAGAACCUGUCACCCUGGGAUUUCCAUCUGUAUCUGGGGUGUCUGACAGUGGGGCUGGGGCAGACUACAGGGCUGUGUCACCCAGGUUGAAAUUUCUCAAGUUACAUGUUCAGCACCAGCAGGGAACAGGCACAGGUGUUUCUACAAGUUCACUUGUCACACGUCAGUCUCCAGACACUUUUCUUAUGCUCUGAUCCAGGCUUACCACUAAAUGGACUACAAGUGGGAACUGUCGGUUACCUAGUCUUCUGUGUGUACUGGGCCUUUGCCACCUGCUCAUCCUUGAUGCCCUUAGUUUUCCUUUCGUUUUGUGUUUGCUUUUGGUUUUUAGUGCUGGGAAUGCAGCCCAGGGCCUGGUGCCUGCUGGGCAAGCCCUCUGCCUCUCAGCCACAUGCCCAGCUCCCUUUGGGACCCUAAAGAGCAUGCUCUCCUACCCUGUGUGAGGCAGCAUGGCCUCACACGCCGAAGUGGGGGGCUGGCAAAUGUGGGAUGUAGGCUUGAACCUGGGUGCCACCCCCAAGUGUCCCAUGGCCAUGUGGGCAAGAUGAUACUGUUGGGGUUAAAAGAGAUGAUGCACGUACAGUGCUGAGCAUCGGCACUUUGCAGGUGAUCUCUCCCCAUCUCCUUUUCCCAGGCAGCCUUUGGGAUGGAUCUUUGGGCUCCUCUAAAUACCCUCUAACAUCUCUCGUGGAGCCAUUUGCUGUCUGGGUCACCCAUCAACACAGUCUCAUAGUGUCUUUUGAAGUGUUUAUUGUCCCCAGGUGCUGAACACGAGGCUUUGGGAUUGCAGAGUCUUGCCAUGCGUGUUUUGCCUCUAGGUAAAGGUUCACUCACUCGUUUCCGUGUGCAUCUGUCAUUGUCUGGGUGCCAGAUUGUAUUUCGAGAAUGGCUCGUGCCACUGUUAAACACACAAAUUCUGUGUGGAAACAAGCAGAUUAAAGUACACUGGAGAUAACAGAAACGCA